UUUAUUCAACUCAGAACUUUUGUUAUAUUUUGUGCAAUUUUAAUGUAUUUUUUAAGGUUAAAGUAAAGAUUUAAAAAAUGACAGAGGAGAAGUUGAAAGUGGAUUUAAGUGUUCCAUUUCCAACAGAGGAAGAGGCACGUAUUGCCUAUGGAACACUCAGUGUUGAUUCUGAACCUAAAAGGGGCGGUGUCAAGAAAGAACUGACAGUGAAAGGAAAUUUGCUCAAUGUACACUUUGAAUCUCAGGAAGCUCGUAUGAUGAGAGUAGGCGUCAACUCCUUUUUUGACCACCUUAAUCUAGUGAUUCAGACCAUGGAACGAUUCGGACCUCCUCAGGAGAAACCAAAGUCCUGAUACAUGUUUUUGUUGUCAUUAUGAUUUUGAAAUUAUUUUUUAAUGUAUCCCAACAUGGUUAAGAGAGAAAGACAGAGAAAGAAAGACUUUGAUAAUAGUGACUUCAAAGAUGUAUUUAAAGUCUCUUCCAACCCUUCACUUUUAGCAUGCUCUCUAGUAGAGUUGAAAACCAACAAAACAUUCUAUUUGUUUUAUUUGACCUUAACAUUGUAUUUGUAGUGCCCUAAAAUGAGUCAUUGGAAGAAUUGGAAAUGAUGCAUAUGUUAUUUUUAUGACAAAUUUGUUUAUACUAUCUAUAUAUCUACAAUGUACUUGUACUAUUUUAAUAUCAGUAUUUUUUUUUUUAUAUUUAAAUGACCUUUCUGCCAGGUACUACACUCGUCUGGUUAAACUGAAAGUACAUAUAUAUUGCUUUGCAUAUCAUUAAAGAAUCCAUAAUACAAAUCCGUACAUCGGUAUUUUCUUUGUGUCAGUGGUUGAUGAAAUAAACAUACAUGUAAUACUGCA